CAUAACCAGCCUGUCAACUUAGCUAAGAGCUCCCCCAAUCGACGUCUUCCCUUUCUUCUCUUUAGUGCCACCAAAUGCACAAGAACCACACAGAGGAGUGAGACAAGAAGCUCCUCCUCCUCUCUUUCUCCGGCUUCAACCAUGGGCUCCUUGUUUGAAAUUCUCCAAAAGAAAAGGUUCUUGCCCACCAUGCCUUACCAGGAUGACCUCCCCACCUUCCAAGCCCAGAAGGACACCCAUCUCAUAGGCCUAAGGAAGAGGAUCUCCUCCUACUCGGUCAAGAUCCAGCCCCUGUCCACAGCCUCCUCCGACUGGGUCUUCAGGAAGUCUAAGUCCAUGUCGUCCAUCGGCGAGUUCGCCGGCGGUCCUCUGAGGAGGUGGUGGGAUCGAUGGUGGGGGUGGGUCCUUUCCAAGAAGCCGGCGUUCGCGCAGGACAUUGAGAUGAACGAGGAGGAGACAGCCCUGCUUGGGUGCCACAGCAAGGGCAGCUGGCAGCACAUCUUCUACAAGCUGCGCUCGGAGGCCAGGAAGCUCGUUCGAUCCAACACUACUCUUCCGACCACACAGGGAUUUAGGUAUGACUCGUUCAGCUAUGCGCAAAACUUCGACGACGGGAAGCGAGAAGAGCAAUGAAGAGUCGUGGCUCGGAAACUACUACUGUGAUCUGCGUGUGUUUUACUACCGAAUCCGUGCUAUAUAUUCUAUUCCUUUUUCUUUCGGGUGCAGAAAUUUACGAGCCUGCAAUGAUCUAUCCGCUUUUGCUGUCAGAAAUCUUCCACUUGACAAGAAGAGAUCCGUAUAGAAUCGAAAUGUCUGAUGCGAGACAAGCCGGUUUACAGUCAGCAAACAGUCUCUCAGAAGAUGAUUUCUUCUGCUAUCAAUCAUGGAAUUGUUCUUUGUGCUACUGUUCUUGUUAUUCUUUUCUGAAGCAAAUAAGAACUGUAAAUGUUUUGUGUGUGACUUAUAGUACUUCCAAGUUGUAUUACUACACAAUUUGUGGUUAAGGAAGACAGGCUUAUGACAUACUAUCUCA